AUGAGAGAUCUACUCUUGCGUGCUCUAUGCAUCUACUGGGUAGGCACAGAAUGCAUGGGCUUCAGUGACUGUCUAUCGAACGAUUUAUCCAUGCACCACCUGAAAUCUAAGGAGGUGCGUUCCUUCUAUCUCCGCUCAAAACCCCCCCUAAAAGGGAGGAAGAAGCAAGCCCAAGGAAUCAGUGCCUACAGGAUAAACAAAUUAGAUUCUGAAAGUGAAAACACAAAUAAGGUGGUGGAAAAUUCCUCCCCUAUUGACAACGACGUGGGCGCCGUGGCCAAUUCCCAGGAUAGUUCGCAGGGUAGUUCGCUGCUUGAUCCGUCGCCUAAACCGCGGACUAGCGAAGCGAGGGGGAAAAAAAUCAUCAUCGGAAACUGGAAGUGCUACCUCACGAAGACAGAAGCAUACAGACUUAUCGACACGUUUACAAAAAUAAAAUACUCCAACAAUAUCGACCUUGUUUUAUCUCCUAACAUAUUGUUCAUGCCCUAUCUUCUGGAAAAAAUUGAAGAAAAUAAUUCGAAGAUCUUUGCCUGCUCCCAGGACGUCAGCUUGGCAAGUGGCUUGGGGGCCUUCACCGGAGAAACCACAGCCACUUUAAUAAAAGAAUUUGGGAAUAAGUACACCAUAAUUGGACAUAGUGAGAGGCGUAGAGGGUUUUAUAAAAAUGAGGAGACACUUGAACAGACAGCGCAGAAGGUAUACAACGCUGUACAAUCGAAGCUGAAAGUUAUCUUAUGCGUCGGGGAUGAUUAUAAAAAUGAGAACGGUUUAUGCACGUCAUCCAAGACAAGAAAAUUGCUUUCGCUCAUCAAGCAGGCAAUUACUAAGGACGACAUGCAGAACAUUAUCAUAGCCCUGGAGCCCAGCUUCGCCGUCGGCACCGGCAAAAGCUUGGCGGUUGACGUUUUGAAUAACUGCUAUUGGGACAUCAAACGAAACGUAGCUGAAGAGGUGGACAAGCAAACAAGCGACGCAGUGAAAAUCCUUUACGGUGGAUCGGUGACCAGGCGAAACAUGAAGGACUACAUGGAAAAAACACCCGUCGAUGGAUUCCUCAUAGGAAAGGCUUCCCUGGACGAAACCUUUAUCGACAUCAUAAAGUACGUUGACCAAUCAUGCGAUUCCAGUACAUAG